AUGCCUUUUAAUACAUUGACCGUUGGAGCUGCAGUCACUCCUGCUGUCAUUGAAACCUAUUUCUCUCAUUACUUUAAUCGGAAGCCUCUCCGACGAAAGCCAACUGCGCAUAUUUCCUAUCAUGAAGGUCUAGCGUUAAUUCGAAAGUUCUUGGAAUAUGCAUCUCAUCAUACUGUGGAUGAGGUACAGCAAUUCACCUCCCAAAAGGUUCCUACCCCUGCAUGGGUGAAACUUCAGGAAGUUGUAAUUCCAGAGGAGAAGAUUUCAGAAGCCGCAAAUGUCUUGCAGGCACAGCUGGGACCUCAUGGUAUCGAAGAGAUAGGUGGUCAAUCAUGGUGGCAGUGGCGGCAAGAGCCAUGCCUGCUCAAAGCCGAAUGGAUUGAAAUGCGUACAGACUACCUGGAAAGGAAGAAGGCCGGGGACCAGGGCAAGAGGGUGAUGUUGUAUGUGCACGGAGGAGCAUAUUUCUUUGGAAGUGUCGACGAGCACAGAUACCAGAUGCAGCGUCAUGCACGGAAACUCAAAGCUCGAGUAUUUGCGCCACGCUAUCGCCUUGCUCCUCAAUUUCCUUUCCCUUGCGGCCUUCAUGACUGUCUUGCUGCCUAUCUGUACCUUUUGACUAUUCAGGAUCCCUCAACGAUUGUACUGGCAGGCGAUUCAGCUGGAGGUGGCAUGGUCGUGAGUGUGUUGGUCACUAUUCGAGACCGUGGCCUGCCAAUGCCGGCUGGCGCUAUUCUGAUCUCCCCGUGGGUUGACCUGACCCAUUCCUUCCCUAGUGUUGCUGGAGACAGCCAACUGGACUAUAUUCCUGCACACGGCUUCCUUCAGCGGCCAUCAGCUUCGUGGCCCCCUCCAAAUGCAGUAGACAUGGAAAGAAUCACCAAAGGCCAAAAGAUAUCCAGCAGUAGGAGGCGCUCAAUGCGAGCUAGUUUCUCGCGUCCUCAUCACAGCACAAAGGGCCCUCAGCUGGACCCGAAAAGAGCAGAAGACUCGGCAGUGCAGGGUUUCACUAUUCAACGAGGCCUUUCUGAAACCAAUGGGAAGACCGAUGCAACUGAACCGUGUGAAGCCCAACGCACUGACGCCGUUUCACCCGGAAAUACCAUACCGAGCCCUACUCGGAAUCUGUCCAUCACGCUUGACGGUAAACUUGUUGAGAUCAUUGACCAGAUACAACUGUACACUACGAACCACCUUCUCUCACAUCCACUCGUUUCUCCUGUUCUUCAACCAUCACUUGGCGGGCUUCCACCGCUCUUAGUUCUCACUGGUGGUGGCGAAUUGCUACGAGACGAGCAAGUAUACCUUGCCCAUAAGGCCGCCAACCCUACGAAGUAUCCUCCUUGCGAGGCCCAUCUUGAUAGAGAUCCAGGCUCGAGGGAAACUAUUUCCAGAUACAGUGCUACGCAUGUGCAACUCCAGGUCUGGGACGACCUAUGCCACGUCCCUCCAACGCUUAGUUUCACCGCCCCGGCAAAGCAUAUGUAUCGGUCCAUAGCACAAUUUGGUGCCUGGGUCUUGGCACGAGCGCAAAGUACAGAAAUAGAAAUACCCGACGAUGAUGAUGUUUCCGUAAUCUCUUCCGACACUGACACAGGCGCCGACACCCCCCUUCGACCGGAAGAGAAAAUGGGCGUGCCCAAAGAAGACAUCCCUACAGACCAAGUCGGCAGAGCAGGCGAUCCUCUUCCCCGUUUCAAGAACCAUAUGAUUCGGCAACGAGUUGAUCGCCACGGAAAAAUAUACCCACUUGCUCCAGUAUCUGCAAUAUCAGCGCUUCAAAUGCACCCCGACGAAAUUGGUGUGAUCAAGCCUGGUCCAGUACGCAAGUGGCUGGCUGCGAAACAGUUGUGGGAUAAAAAGUACGCGCGACAAAAGAGAGCAGUGCAGACACAAAUGGCAAGGGAGAUAGCAGAGGGAUAUGUUUCUUUUGAGGGAAAUGAAAUGCCCCCGCCAUCUGCACUUGCCGGUCGCCGCAGCAAAACGGCCGUGCCAAAGGAAAAGAAAAGAUCGAAGAGUUGGGGAAUCACUAUGUGGAGCGGAUGGGGAAGCAGCCAUGACGAAAAGACGCUUGAACGCGAAGCCAGAUUUGGACAAGAAGAGGGUUUCAAAGUACCACCGGAGCCGCCAACUGGAGUCCCUACCAAUGAACCUCUUGAUAAAAAUGCAACUACGACAUCUACCGCCGAACCUGAGCUCAACGCUUCAACUGCGCAGCAGCAUCGAAACACACUGCAGGCGCUCCAGACUGAAAAUUCGCCCACGCGCUCUCGCUCUCGUCGUCGUCGCACUGUCACAGACGCUGGACAAGCCAAUCCUCUUGACAGCGACAUUGAUGAAAACACACCCGCUGAAGCGCUCAUCCAGCGCCGGAAAGCGAAUGGCGAUACUGACGGUACAUAUCCUGGAGGUCAAAGGCCACCACAAAUCUCCCUUCCAGAUGGUGGCAUCUUCGGCGGAAGCGACGCUGUCGCGGCAGCAGCAAUGGAUCCUAAUUCCGCCAAUCUCCCGUAUUCAGAUCCAGAAAUAAAAUUCAAUCCCUCUCUCCGCCGCGCAUAUUCUGGCGGGAUUGCCUUCCCAUUCAAACUUAAGCCUCACAAAGAACAGCACGAUUCUGGCCUGGUAGCUAAUCUACAACCCGGCUCAAGACUUUCUCCGAGCAGAAGCGAAGAGGAUGUGGAAAAUGCAAGUACCACGACACUAAGUGGGGUAUCAGGCGUGAUUGAAGUAGACCAAGAGCAAGAUUCGGAGUCUGAGCCCGCACGCAAGAGCGGCGAGAAAAUGGAAGUGGCAAGCUAA